UUUAUUAAUAUUAUUGAAUUAUAAAUACGCGGUCUAAAAUCACUAGACCCAUCGGCCGGAUGAACACAUUGUCAGACACUUGUAUAAAAAUCAUCCGGCCUAAGGACUAAGACCAAGGCAGACUCACAUUCAAUGCCGAUGCUAGCCGGAAUAAGAUACUCAUGCGCAAUGGAGAGUAACUACAACUUGCCAUCACGGCGAUGUUUUCGAUGAAUGUGGAUGCCUGUGAAGUGUGAACAUUCAACAUAGAGGAACAAAUUGGGCAUAUUUUUUCUUGCUGCAACAACUCACCAGGGAAAAUACAUUGAAAAAUUAGUGAGAUGGAAAUAUUUUCAAGAUUUGUUGGCUCAAUGAAAAUUAAAUCCAACUCAACAAAACCUUCUAAGCACGGAGGUAAAAGAAGGAGCAACCCCAGCAUCCAUAAUGAUGAAACAGAGGACAUUUUUACAAGCUCAGAAGAAAAUAAGCAGCCUGACAGACAUAAUUACUCCAGACCUCAUUUCUUAAAUUUGUCUGAGCAAGAAGAAAAAGCUUCCAGAGAUCAUAAUUCAAGGCCAAUUAUUGUGCCUAAUGAUUCUUCACGGAUUCCUCUUCAAGCUGGUUAUGCUGAAUGCAUUAAUGGAGGUAAAUCACAGAACAAUGAGGACCAGGCAGCAGUAGGCAGCUUUAUUUUAUCUCACCACCCCAACGGUCUCGUUGAUUCAACAAGAAAAAUGGACAUCAUUGAAGUUCAGUACUUUGCCAUAUUUGAUGGACAUGCUGGAGUUGGGGCUGCUCUAAUGGCAGCAGAUCAGCUAAUCAAUCAUUUACAGGAAAAACUAGCUGAAAUUCAAGAAGAUUUAUUUAACUUACACAUGAAAGAGGCAACACAAUUCAACCCUAAAGAAGUUGGCCGGACCUCAUCUCUUGUUACUCUCGACAGUUUAGUGAGAGGAGCAUUAGAAGCUGCUUUUAUGUCUUUUGAUGAACACAUUGGUGUAGAGAGAAAGUCAUUUAAUAUCAGCGGCGGCUGCGCUGCCAUUGUGACACUGAUUUUACUAGGCAGGGUGUAUGUGGCUCACGCUGGAGACUGCAGAGCAGUGGCGUAUGUAGAGGAAGAGGUCAUUGAACUUGCUUCAGAGUUUACCCCUGAAACUGAUGCUGAGAGGAUUCAAUAUUUAGCUCAUAUUUGUCCAUCACUCACCCAUGAUGCAUUCAGUGAAAACUAUUUUUUGACUCAUCCUAACAAGAAAGACAUAGGGAAUAAAGUUUUGUGCAGAGGUCCACUGAGAGCCGGAUGGUUUUACAAAGUUGUCACUGAAGAAGAUGUGUACAGACCACCUAUUAUUGCAGGGCAAGGCAAAUGGGCUCGUUUAAUGGGAGUAAUUGGAGUGGCAAGAGGAUUUGGGGACCACGGCCUUGUCGUCUCAGGUUCAAAGAUCAAGGUCAAACCAUUUCUUUCACCCAUACCAGAGGUUCGGGUUUUUAAUCUCAUGGAUUACAAGUUUGGAGAAGAUGAUGUAAUUGUUAUGGGUUGUGAUGGACUAUGGGAUAUGCUAAAGAACGAUCAAGUUGGCUCCACACUCAAAUCAUCCCUAGCCAAAUCCAGGGAAGAGAAUAUCACAGACAAAUACAGAAAGGCAGCAGAAGAUUUAGUGCUGCUUGCCAGGGGAGACAACACAGGGAAGGGUUGGAAAAUGAAAGAUGGAAAAGAGGCUUCCUUUGAUGAUAUUUCCUGUUUUGUUAUUCCCUUACAAAGAUGCCUUAACAAAAGCCUUAAAUGUUAUGCUCAGUAGUUUUGUUGUAAUUGACAAGUUUAAUGUUGGAUUAGUUUUUUUAUUAUAUGAUUUUACAAAGUUAUUGUUCAAGGUGCAAGGUAAAAUGUGUACAUAUUUUAUUAUUGUUAUACACAAAAUCUGUUUCAGCUUUCUGUUACAUUCCUAAUUUUAAAAAAAACUGACUUGGCUCAGAUAGCUGCAGAUCCCUUUUUUUACUUUGUUUAGGAAUAGUUUUUGUAAAGUUGUAAAGAGCUUUCAUCAGGGUUUUGUUUAGUGACCCAGUGGGUGCUGCAGGGUGCGAGUUUUACGCUAAUUAUGUAAAGUUUUUUUAUUACAUAGACCACAAGGUGUUCCAUGUACUGAUGGUAAAUAUUUUUAUUCUGUCUUCUCACAUGAGAAGUUUACAUACAGCUGUACAUAGUUGAAAUGCUAGUCAUUUGUGCUUAUGUCAUGUUGCUUCAUGUAUUCGGAUAUUUGAUCCUAGUGAUAUGCAACCAGCAUUGAAACAACCAUUCCAUAGUGUUUGUGUUAUACAUCAGAUAUUUCCUUGCUCUGAAUGUAACACAACUCAUAUUUGGAGAGUUUUUACAUAAUGUCAGCUAUGGUUUGUAUCCAGAUUUAGUUAAACAUAUAAGUAUAUAUUUACAUAGUUGUAGCAUUAAAUAAUUAUCUUAUCUGUUUGUGCAUUAAGGUUACAGCACAGUUUCUUAUUUUAAUGGCAGUAAUGACAAAUGUUAGCCUACAUUGUGUCAUUUACUUAGUUUUUGUUUACAUCACUUAGACUUUGUUAACUGAAAUAUUUGUACAC